UACGGUCAUCAUCAACUCCGGCGUACGACGACAUCGGUCUCCCAGCAACCUACCUUGGACUAGCUACCAUGGCGAGGACUCCGGCGAUCGUCGCGGUGCUGGUGAUGGCGGCUGCGGCGGCGGCCCAGCUGGCCAGCGCAGGCUUAACUCCCCAGUACUGGCAGGACCCUACCCCGAGCGUCCCCUCCACCGGCUUCCCGACGUACGGCUGGGAGAACGCCCACGCCACCUUCUACGGCUCCGACUCCGGCCUCGGCGGCGACUUUGGCGGCGCGUGCGGGUACAGCGGCAGCGACAUCGCGUCGCUCUACUCGACGAGGACGGCGGCGAUGAGCACGCCGCUGUUCGCGGACGGCGCGGGGUGCGGGCGGUGCUACGAGAUCCGGUGCGUGCAGUCCAAGUGGUGCGUGCCGGGGUCGCCCUCCGUCGUCAUCACCGGCACCAACCUCUGCCCGCCCAACUAUUACCAGGACAGAGACAACGGCGGCUGGUGCAACCCGCCGCGGAGGCACUUCGACAUGGCCCCGCCCUCCUUCUACAAGCUCGCCGCCAGGGUCGCCGGCAUCGUGCCCAUCCAGUUCCGCCGCGUGCCCUGCCAGAGAAGGGGCGGCGUCCAGUUCUGCCUCAUGGGGAACCCAUACUGGCUGCUGCUCCACGUCAACAACGUCGGCGGCGGCGGCGACGUCGCCGAGAUGGCCGUCAGAGAGAAGGGCGGGCAGUGGAUCCAGAUGACGCAGAACUGGGGGAUCACCUACCAGGCCUUCGCCGCUCUCGACAAGUCCGUUGGCCUCGAGGUCAGGAUCACCGGCGGCACCGACCGCAAGACCAUCAUCGUCGGCGACGCCAUCCCAGCAUGGUGGGGCCCAGGCCUCUGCUACCAGGGAUCAAACAACUUCUGGUAGAUGCAUAUACAUGCAUCCCAUUCCAUCCGGCCAUGCUUCAUCCAUCCGUGCAUGGCGCGCGACCAUAUACAUUCCUACUACUUGUAUACUUCGAUUGAUCAUCGAUCUUCAAGUGUUUUUGUUUCAGUAAUUAAUUAAUAUCUUCCUUUUUUGUGUCGCCGACUUCAUUUUUGUUCACUCGAAGCUAUGAUCUCCAUGAUGAUGUUUACGUACCUUUAUGCGUGUAUGUUUUAGAGCUUGAUUCGUUUCUGGCCCCAUUUUAUGAUGCUACUGCAUUUUUGUAAAAAAAAAAAUGUUAUCUCUGGGCGUCCCAAAAUUGUUAUUGAAACUGAGGAGGUGUUUGUUUCCA